GUGUUGUAAAAAUAACCUUUGUGAUUCAGAUAAAACAUGUGUACAAGGAUGUCAACGUGGGUAUUAUGGCGAGAAAUGCACGGGACAGUGUCUGGAAAAUUGCAAAACAUGUGUUAAUGGCCAAGAAUGUACGGAAUGUAAACCUGGUUAAUAUACAAACACAUGCCAUUUAUCAUGUGGAAAAGGAUGUUUAAACAAUACCUGUUCGCCGCUCUCAGGCGAAUGUAUUUGUAGUUCAGCGAAUUUUGUCGCAGGUAAAUGUGAUGCUUGUAAAGAUGGGAAGUAUGGUAAUGAAUGUAACAACACGUGCCCUAGUAAUUGUGGACUCUGUAUCUCAGACACAUAUUGUUCACGGUGUAAAAACGACGCAUAUUACGGACCAUAUUGCCAAUACAGUUGUCCACCUAGCUGCAAGGAUAGUAAAUGUACACACAGAAAUGGGCAUUGCAUUGGGGGAUGCAAGCCUAAGUAUACAGGGGAUAAAUGCGAUACCUGCUCUUCUGCAUUAAACGGUACAUUUUGUGCUUUAAAUUGCUCGGAGAAUUGCUCAAACUGUACUUCGGAAUCAAAUUGUGUACACUGUAAGAGUGGCUUCUAUGAGAAAACAUGUACACACGUGUGUCCAUCUGGUUGUAACGGAUCAUGUUCAUUUACUGAUGGACGUUGCUUUGUCUGUAAACCAGGAUAAACUGGAGACUUUUGCAACAUUACGUGUAAAGAGGGAACAUAUGGUGUGAACUGUACCCAAUAUUGUCAUAAUGUAGAACAAUAUUGUCAAGCGUGCAGCAUGAAUGAAUCAGGCAACUAUAAGGACUGUACAAAAUGUGUAAGUGGAUAUUACCCUGUCAUUUCCUUUGGAGCUAAUCAUAGAAAAUGUAUUAAAUGUCCAAAUAUCUGUAAUGAAAAUAUAUGCGAUGCAUCAGGAGCUUGUAUAAAUGGUUGCGUAAGUGGAAAAUGGGGAGACAAGUGCAAUUAUGAUUGUGCAGCAAACUGUGUAAAAUGUAACCAAAUUGAUGGGACAUGUUUUGAAUGUACUAGUGAUACAUUUUUACAAAAUUGCUCACAAAUGUGUAGCAGUAAUUGCAAUAAUACCGGCAAUGAUCGCAUUUGCGCAAGGUAUACAGGGAGGUGUUUAAAUGGAUGUCAUUCCCCUGUAAAAUACGCUGACUAUUGUGAGAAACAAUGCAGUGCUACUUGCAACAAUCACAGCUGUGACUUGGAGACAGGGCACUGCUUAGCUGGAUGCGUCAUGGGCUAUUAUGGAUCAUUCUGCAACAGAACAUGUGCUCAAACGUGUCAAUCAAAUGCAAGCAAACGUACAUGUGAUGAUGCACAGGGACAUUGUUUGUACGGAUGCAAAGACGGAUUUCAUGGCGCUAGUUGUGAGAAUAAAUGCAACAAUCUAUGUGUAAAUGCUACUUGCAAUCGGUUAACAGCAGAAUGUCUACAUGGCUGUAUCGCCGGAUAUGAAGGAUCGGGAUGUCUUCAAGAUAAAUCCAUCAAAAGAUCGGAAGAAAACAAAUUAGUAGUAACUAUUGCAGCAUCUGCUGGUGCUGGUUUCGCUGCAGUCAUCUUGCUGAUUGUUCUAGCAAUUUGCUUUAUAAAACGAAAGAGAAGACAAAGUCUAUCAUCUUCCAGAAAAUGUGAAGAAAAUGAGUAUGUACAGGACAUGCAAGAGAUUCCUGAACAAAAUAACACGGACGAGUCAGCUGUUAUUUACGCCCAGCCUUACAAACCAAAACAACAAGCUGGUGAUGAUACCGGAAAACUAUAUGGUACUGCAUAUGACGAUGAUGAAAACAUAUCUGCCAUUGACAAUGACUAUAGUGUGAUCAAAUCUGCAAAGGCGAACAACAAGUGCUUUGAGGCCAAUGAUACUUUACAUGCUAACAAAAGUAACAAACCGUCAAGUGGCAACAGUGAUUAUGCUGUUGUUAACAAAGUAAAGUCGGCUGUGAAGAAAACCGAAUGCAUAGAGGAAUUGUAUGAUACAACGCAUGACAACAAAAGGAACAAACAUAAUUUAAAUAGCAAUAACGAAUACGCUGUUCUCGGUGUAAGAUCUGACAACGCUGUAGGAGUUGGGAACACAAAGGAAGCCCUAGCCGCUGAAGGACAUGAUUUGUAUCACACUGCAGAAGGAAGUAAAUUCCAAUCUAUGCUUCAACCAAGCAACGAUUAUGCCGUAUUCAAAGACAACAAUAGUGAUAAUCAUGAAGCUGUCAAAGCAAAUACAUUGUUCGACACUAAAAGUCGAGAAAAGACAAUGCAGCCAAUAAACAAUGACUAUGAAUUUGGCAGUGAAGACGGCGAAUAAUCAUUUAUAAAUGCAGUAUUCAGUUCGAUACAUAGCUUCCUUUUCAUUUUACUGUCAGGAAUCAAAAUGGUCUGGCCUAUAUACAAGUACAUUUGUUAAAAUAAAUUAUAUGAUUAUUACCAUUGCGGCGUAAACCGUAAACAACAAAAAAUAGAUAAAUAUAUCAAUAAAAAUAUAUACUUAAUAAAUUACAUAUAAUGUAAAUGAGAGGAUACAUUUCCCUUUUCUAAUAUCUGAAUGCUUCUUAACAUUCAAAAAUAAAUCUUUGAUUUAAC